AAUAAUGUGAAAUUCGAGUAAGUACCAGAUCGGAUAUCCCAUUCCCUAUAAUUUAAUUAAGUACACUUUAAAGUGUUAUUUAGUAAAAAAAAUAAAUAAUUCUAACAGAUAUAAUUGAAAGUAAUAAAAGUAAUGUAUGAUUAAGUAGUACGAGAAAUUACGACCAAAAUUUGAAUGUCAAUGUUGGAUAUGAUCAUUGUCGUCUCAAGGUAAGAAGGAAGCAAAUCAAAUAGGGCAAGUUACCUAGGACGUUCAAAGUAUUUGAGUUAAGGGGACUUCAUAAAAGCGAUGAAUUGGGUGAUUCCGUUGGUCAUAAGCUACUUGAUAGCACGAAACGAUGCGGAUUUAUUUAAUUCAGAAGAUGUGUAUAGUAGCUUGGCAUUGGUUUUCGAUACGACAGGGUCCAUGAAAGAUGAUUACCAGCAGUUGAAAUCGCACGCGGAAGGCAUAAUGCGUCACGUUCUGACCAGAAACGACUCCGACAUCAAGCACUUCGUUUUCGUACCAUUCAAUGAUCCAGAUGUGGGACCAAUGACGGAAACCUUUGAUCCAAACGUCAUUAUGUACAAAUUGAAUAGAGUAGCGAUAAAAGGUGGCGGAGACUGCGCAGAAAUGGGUAUUACAGCAGUGGUGCAAGCAUUGAAAAUCAUAAAGCCUAACUCGUAUGUUUACGUAUUCACCGAUGCAUCAGCUAAGGAUACAUAUUUAGUUGAUGAAGCACUCGAAUUAAUCCAAAGGAAACAAUCACAAGUUUUCGUUCUGAAAACAGGAGACUGUGACUCUUCGUCGGACAAUAGUUACCAAACUAUAGCAUUAGUCGGGUCAGGUAACGUGUUUGACGUCAAUAAAGGAGACGUGUCGAAAGUACUAGAGUUGGUUAACAAAUCUAUGGACACUAACAAAGUGAAUUUAAUGUCUGUUAAUAUUGGUCAAAGCCAAUUGAGCCCGUCUCCUAAAAAGCUGAACAUCGACGAAAGCAUUAAAAAUCUUCAGGUUUCGGUGUCGGGUCUCAAUUGCAAUAUUGAUUUAAUGAACCCUGCGGGUAAAAAAAUGGACGAAGCUCAAGGAUUGAUGACCGAGUUAGACCUAAAGAAUGUAAAAAUCGUUAAUGUUCUGGAACCCAUACCCGGGGAAUGGACUUUAUACGUAACUAGUGAGUCUGCUCAUUCUAUUCGUGCAUGUGGAGUCAGUUCUAAGAAUUUUAAUUUUGGAUUUGCUACGGCUAAACCAAAAAAUAUGACACAGACCAGUCAUAGACCAUUAAAAGGUGCUAACAAUUACAUAUUAAUCGAUUGUCCCGACGUUACGAAAUUCAUAUCUUGUAAAACUCAAGACUUAUAUAAUGAAAACAAAACAUAUUCCUUACCAAUUCUGGAACUCGAAAAACACAAUAUGUUAUUAUGUGGUCCGUUUCUACCUAACAACAAUCCAUUUUACAUCCAGGUGUUUGGUAUGAACAGCAACGGCCAUUAUUUCAGACGUAUCACUAAAACCAGCAUUAUUCCCGAUGAACCAGAUGCGCCGUACAUAAACACUCCGACACAAAUCACCGCUGUGGUUGGCGGUGAACUGCGUAUUAAGUGUCGUGUCGAAUCGUUGGUGCCGUUCACGGUUUCGUGGAUAGGAUUUAACUGUCCGCGACAAACCUGGAACUUUAGCCAAAGUUCCGAAAUCGAAUUAGUGAUACGCAACGUGACAGAACAAUUCAAUGAUAUUUACACUUGUAGAGCUCGAAAUAUUGCCGGAAAUGCGGAAUCUACGACUAACGUUACCGUAAUAUCUAUGCCCACAAUUGUCGAAGGAAGCGAUAAUGUAACGAUUGUCUUGUACGAAGGUGAAGAUUACUCGAUGACGUGCAUGGGUCACGGGAGACCCGUACCCAAAAUGACGUGGCACGUGACAAAUGUACCCGUUUCUUAUUACGAUGUAGAACACAUUUUAAUCAUAAAUGACGCCUUGAGACUGAUCAUUUACGACGCUACGCUGAAAGAUUCAAACGUUUACACGUGUACAGCUACAAAUGAAGCCGGAUUAACUGAAAAACACUAUAAUGUUAUCGUUAAAGCUAAAACGAUUGAUUCGGUAGCAAACGAAACGUUAGUUGAACAAGAAAUCGGUGAUGUUGUACUUCAUUGCCCAUUGCCUAAUAUGACUAAUCAAUGGCUUAAGGAUGGUUCCAGUGUCAAUGACUUAAUUCACAAAAGAGCAGAUGAGCCACAUUAUAGAUUAUUAAAAGAUGGAUUAAAAAUCUACGAUCUGGACGUAAUAGAUAGUGCCGUAUACACUUGUAUGAAUUCCAAUGAAACCUAUACAAUCGAAUUAAAAGUAGCUUUUGCCCCUUAUUUCAUAAAAUACCAGCCCGAAUCAAUGAUGAUCAAGAGGAACGAAACCGUUUUAUUUGAUUGUAUGGCCACAGGAUACCCAAUACCAAGAAUUUUAUGGAGAAAAAUGGAUUCAUCACUGCCCAUAACUCGUUGGACUUUAAAAGACAUAGAGUUCUUAGAAAAUAAACAAAAACUUACAAUUCAUUCCGUAGAUUGGAUACACAAUGGUACUUACAAAUGCAUUGUCAAAAACAAGUUCGGCAUAGUCAAACGCCGUUUUGACUUGCUAGUGUUCUAACACAUACCUAUAAUUAGACAAUACGUAUUUUAUUAGCUUUUCAUCUUCCAUAUAUUUCAUGAUGGCCAUAUUAUAGUGACACAUAAUACAAACUAUACAGAGAUAUCAACUGAGACCCCUAAAAAAUAAGUGGUUGGGGUGGGUGUUUCUAAUAUUUAAACUGGGUAUAUACACUAUAAUUAAGGAUCUCUGUUAUACGUUUAUAUGUAUUGCCAAGUAGAUAUAUUUCGAAGUUCAACACGAAGACAGGAUAUUCAACGUGGUGAUGGCGCAUAAAUUCUAAAACUCCAAAUAAUUUCGAAAAAUUUUGUGCUCCAUAAGUUAUUUUAAACUUAAUUUUAUUUAUUUAUUCAUUUGUUGAUUGUAA